AUGGUAAUGACGUCAAUGACAUGCGACGAUCUCAGGUUGACUUGCUGCUUGGCAACGCGCGCUUGUGUGUGUUUAUCAGGCGAUGAUCACAGAUUAAUAAUGUUAAACACGGCUUUAAGCUCGUUUGGUGCUCAGGUUGUGCUGGCGACGUCCAGCGAUGAGAAUCAUCCACCGGAAAGCAUGAUUGAUGGAAACAUGGAGACGUUCUGGAUGUCGACGGGAAUGUUUCCUCAAGAGUUCAUCAUCCGAUUCCCAGAUAACAUGAAGAUAUCCCUGCUAUCCAUCCACAGUGUUAAUGUGAGACGUUUAAGAAUAGAGAAAAGCACACAAGAGGAGGCUGAGAAAUUUGAACUCAUGGCAGAGAAAGAGUUUGAACAAACAGAUGGAAGUCUACAAACAAAUGAAAUAUCACUCGACGGCUCAAAUGCGACACAACUGCGGUUUCUCAUCAUCUCUGGAUAUGAUCAUUUUGUCUCAGUGCACAAAGUGGGGAUACAGGCAUAAGAAUAACUUUAAUGAGUCACCAGGACUUGUGAAGUAGCCUUAUUAUAUUUUAUAUCAUGUACAGUAAUCAUUGCUAAAA